UGGAUGUAUGUUGAGGUCCCGUAGGGGACUGCGGGGACUUGUGGGAAGAUGACCUGGUUUCUCUUUCUCUCUCCUGCCUGAGCUGGGCUCAUCGCGGCUACGAACACAAGGAGGCUCGGAAGGAGAAGGGCGCUAUGGUUCGGACCGGAUCUAUGUGGUCUUUAUGUUGGAUUUCUUUUUUACACUUUUGAUGGAUCCGUGAGCGUCUGACGUCACUGUUCGAUAUUCGUAUUCAGAUGAGCAACCAUGGCCGACCUGCAGCAGGAAUACCCCGGAGUCCUCCUGGGGAUCCUGGAGGAACUGGCCAGUAUGCGUCAGUGGUUGACCUUCCAGGACCUUUGCCGCAUGGUCAGCACCCGCUUUGACCUGGAACACCUCGCCGAGCUCCGGAGUUUGUUGUUCGCUGCCGCCAGCCGGGACCCCUGCUUCCCGGCCACUCUUUUUCGGGAGCGCGUUUCCUCCCGAGGACAGGGCCUGUCGCCCAUAGGCGUCGCUGCUGAUAUCGUCACCAUAUUCCAUCUUAUUCAAAUGACGGGCGGGGCCGGCGAUGAGAGCCAGCCAAUGAGAGCUCAGACCGUCCUCCCCGUCGACCGCUCUCCGGGCCCGGGUUUGCCCGGAAUCCAGCAACUGAACAUUCCCGGUCGGGAAAGAGCACGGGCUCACUCUGACUCCACCGGCAGCCGCCUUGACCAGCACUUGCUGUUUCCCAAUCCCAACUACUCGGCACGCAAGCGCUCCAGUCUUCCCCCCGAUCCCGUCUCGCUUGUAUCCCCUCCCCGGGUCAGGACUCGGGCUGUGUCUUUCGACCUGCCCCACACCACCCUUUUGUACCCCAGUGGCCAGAUCCCCAGCGAGAUCAUGAAGAGCAUCUACUUACCGUUGGAGACGGACAGCGAGUCCAGCGGCGAUUCGGCCCCCGCUGAGGUGUUUGAAGCGGACCAGGAAUCAUCAGUGGACCAGAAGAGAAACAUCUUUCGGAAGGACUUCCACAACAUACCGCAGGUGACCGUCAACAGCGAGUCCCCCAGUCCCAAAGGGGACAAAGGCUUUGACAACCAGACGGACGCCAUUCCCAACCCCUACCCCUCGCCCACGCCGCUCCCACAGUCUCCCGAGCGCCGGACUAAGCAUGAAAGUCUUGAUGAUUUGCAGGACUCCACUUACUUUGGACCUGUAUCGGCCCCCGAGCGGUCUCCCAAGCACCUACAGCCCCCCAGGAGCCAGAGGCCCAUCUGGAGUAACAAGAGUCACAGUCUGGAGGACCGGAUCAACCCGGCCAGCGCCGGCUUGGGACCCGAGUCCCGUGGCGUACAACAACCGAGGCGAUCGAGCCCCGCUAUCAGCAAACUGGGGGGCUCUCUGGGAUGUGAGAUUGGCGAUACUGGAAUUGAUGGAGUCAAGGCUCAAGGAACCCAGACCGAUCCUCCGGAUCCCAGGCGCCUCCGCAGUCUCGUCCAUGCUGAUCGUCUGUCCUUCAUGACCUCAUUAGAUGAUCCCGAGUUCUGCGAGGAUGACAUCAGCGCCAUCUUCCGCUUCUUAGAUGACAUCAGCAUGUGCGGGUCUACGGGGGUGCUGCACCCAAACGAUGGACCCGGAGGUCUCAACCAGGACACCCCAGAAGCCAGACGGGGCCGCCUGGGCCAGCUUCAGCGGCUCUUUCACUCCCUGGAAAGCAGCGAUGAUGGACUCAAAGCCAGCGUGUGUCGACUCCUGCUGCGCAUGAACCAGAUCGAGCGACAACUGGAGUCCUUAAACGAGGUCAAGGCUGAGAUUUCCCAGGUGUUGUCGGCGUUGCAGCGUCUGGAUGAAAAGAUCCCGCAGCCGGCUGUCGCCAGCGGACAAGGGAUGGGCGACCGAUGGCUGGAGCCCCUCAGUGGCGUCUCUUCCUUCAUGAGCCAUCCUAUCACUCCCUCCGAAUCGUCCGAACCUCAGCCUCUGUCUGUGUCGGGGCACCUCUUCCCAGCAGCCAGCCCGAGUAGUCUGGACUGGAACACAUGGAACAAUCCCGAGGAGCGACCUGACAGCAGCAAGGCUCACGGUGAUGCCAAGGCGAGCAAAGAUGGGAGGAAAGAUGCGGCGUCUUUUCGGGGCUCAAAAAAUGAGGCUGGAGAGAAAGGGGGCAAGGAUUCCAAGCAAGCAAAUGUGGCGACCGCUGCAAAAGACUGGACCGUGUCUUUCUCCAAAAUUAAAGGUGGAAAAUCUUCCCACGGAAAAACUGGGCAGUCAGAUCAGUCGAGCAGAACAGCAAAAUUACUCUCCCAGAAGUCGUCCAGCCUUGUGGAACAAGUGUUUGGCUCGUCUUUGUUCGGCAACAAAGAAAGCAGCUUGACUGGUGGACUAACUUCUGGGAAGAUUAUGGACCCCAGACCGGUUGAAGGGAGAGGAAGACCCAUCUGGACUGUUGACGACAGAGAGGCGCGCAUAUCGCCUUUCGAUUCCCAGGCCCGGGAUUCUCUAAACCCCAACAACAUGGAGUUCUGGAUGGACGACAUCUACACUCCGGGUUACGAUGCUCUACUCAGGCGGAAAGAGGCCGGCCUACGCAGGGCCAAAGUCUGCAAGUUGCUGGCGCUGGUUGGCGCCGCGCUGGCUAUCAUUCUUAUUGUGGUCAUUCCCAUUUGCACUAUGAGGUCGUGAGGUCGUGAGGUCGUGAGGUCAUGAGGUCAUGGGGUCAUGGGGUCGUUUCAUGACAUUUUCUACUUCCACGCUCUGUAGCUUGUACUCGCACGACAUCUAGUCCGACAUCCUCGUGGAGAUGAUUUGACACUAGAAGCCUAAACUUGGGAAGUGCAAUAAGCAUCAUCGUCUGAACUUCAGCUUCAUUCAACGCCUUAUUUUACACGAGUUGUUUUUGUCUUCACACAGUAAAUGCUCUUUUAAAUAUAUGUUCAUGGUUUAGUUAUGCUGAUGUUUAAAAUGACAAACUAGCUGCAUACAGAUCCAUAUUGAAAAAGUACUCAGCCAUUUUUAGAAAAACUGUUAAAUCAGGGGUGUCCAAAGUGCGGCCCGGGAGCUGUUUUUUUUGUGUGCAAACAUGAAGUGUGUAUUUACAAUGGUAAUUGUCAUAUAAAGUGACUCCGGUCAGCCAUUUACAUUCCAAAAAUAGAACUGAAGUAGAAAACUAAAAAAAGCAGCAGCAAAAAUGGAAAAUUCUGCAAUAAUUUUACAAGAAUGAAGUCAAAAUAUUAAAAACAAAAAUCCAACGGGAAAAAAAUUUGGUUGCAAUGAAGAAAUAAAAAAUAAAAAUUGCAAUUUCACAAGAAUGAACUCCCAAUAUUAGUAAUAAUAUUACUAUUAUGCUGAAAAAAAUAUCUUUUUAGAAGCAUGGAGUUGAAAUAUAUUUUUUUCAAUGUUAUUUUUUAAUUCACAUUAUUAUGACAAAAAAAUCUAAACAUAAUAAAGUUGCACGACUUGGAAAAAUAGAAAGUUUAAGAAGAUUAUUCAAGAAAUUUGAAACAUUUUGAAAAUGUGCAAAAAUGGGACAAAAGACCGACAUUCAUCCUCAUAAAAUGCCUUACUGAGAUGCAGUUUUUUUCUCGAAGUAUAUUCAUUUCUGAGCAUACGUAUCUGCUACGUUGCUGUCCAAAAUAUGAAAGUGGCCCAGGCUGGAAAAAGUUUGGACACCCCUGUGUUACAUGAAGAUGGUCUGGCUCGUGUUUUCUGUUCUAUUUGUUCCUCAUAAGAUAAUUGUCAUGUCCCAUCAGCAUGAAUGUGAAAUAUACAAUUUUGUACUUUUCAUGAUUCUUAUACUCCAUCCAAGCAAUCAAAGGAUGAGUAUUAUGGAUUGUUCAUCAAGGCUCAGCUUUCCAGAAAGGCACGUCUUGCUGCUGCUGAUGCUGGCGAUAUGGACAAGUAGAUAACCUGAACAGGAAGCAUUUUCCAGGAAACUCUUUAAGUGGGAGUUUCCACUUGUAAUUCAAUUGAUGGGCUGUUUGGAGUGCAUCCUACCUGGCACAUUAGUGUUUCGCUGGGCUCGCCCCGCCGAUAACGAUUUCAUUCACCUUCCCCUCCCAGGGAUCAAUGCGGUUUUGACCGUGGUGUGAGGUUCCAUUUUGUAAAACCUUCCUGUUACCCUAAGAGAUGGAGGCUGCUAAUAGUGGAAGUGGUUCACGCACACACAGGUGUCAACAAGUCUCGGCCCUCCUUCCUCAUUUCUUAUUUUUGGCCAUGUUUGGUACACUUUAAUGUUUCACAUCAUCAAACGCAUCUUAAUAUUACACACCUGAACACAAAAUGUACUUUUUAAAUGAAACGGUUUAUUACCAAAUCCACUAGUGAUGGCCCCCUGAACCACCUUUAGCAGCGACUGCUAUCAAACAUUUGCAAUAACUUUUCAUGAGAACGUUGGCAUCUUUGCAGAAUUGUUGUAAUUCAGCCACAUUGGAGCACCUUUUUAAAGGGGAACUGCUCUUUUUUUGGAAUUUUGCCCAUAAUUCCCAAUCCUUAGGAGAAACAUGAACACAUAUUUCUUUCCCUUUUCUGUGCAUUAUAACAUGAUAACGUUAAUAUGAGCUAGCUAACAAUGCUCUUCAUUGGGAUACACCUUUAUCGACUAUGAAGGACAUUCAGACAGCAGAAUUGAUGGUUUCAUUUAUCACAGCAAGUCUUUCAGGUCCUGAAGCAGCAAAACAGCCCCAGACCAUCACACUACCACCACCAUGUUUUACUACUGCUAUGACGUUCUGAAAUGAUACUUUUACACCAGAUGAUGUAAUGACACACGGCCUCCCAAAAGUUCAACUUAUUUCCAUAAAAAAUGCUUGAGGAACAUUGAAGAUCCUUUAUAAGUGGCCAUUUCACACCAUUUUACAGUAUAAACAUCUGAUGUUGCAGAUGUUUUUCCCACUUUUGGAGUAUCCAACAUAUUGGAGAGAGAAUAUUUCCAAAACAUGUUUUCUCCAGCUGGACCUAAAACCUUUCAUCCUGUUUUGAGUGCACAAAUCCACACAGGGUCUAAUGAGAGAGUGUUUUGCUUGAAUGCAUCCUCCUAAGUGGAUGUACAUCUGCCAUGUGUUCCCCAUGAGGGUGUUUGAGGAUCCAUUACCAAUGUUGCCACUGAAGAGGUU